AUGUACCCAAAUCCCGGUCCCCAGGCUGCUUGGACGCCAAAUACCAAUGGUCAGCCGCCGCAGCAACAACCACAACCUCCUCACCCUCAACAUCCCAAUCAACACCCUCAGCAGCUGCAACAACCUUUGCAACACCAGCAACCUCCCCCGCCUCCACCUUCCACCUCUGCCCCUCCACAACAUCAGCAGCAGUGGGCACAACCACCUCCAACCCACCCCAACGCCCAGUAUCCUCAACAGCGUCAUCCCACUCAGAUUCCUCCCAUCAGUCAGGCAUUGCCCCAAGGAGGACCUCCAAACAUGACCACUCUUCAGCCUUCUCAUCCAGACCACUACCGUUCGCUGCCACCACCUCCGAUGUAUGGGCACGCUCCACCAGGUCACUACCAGCAGCCUCUACCCUACCCUCCUCAACCUGCUCCCCGCCAAAGAACAGCUAUCGCAUGUCGCUACUGCCGGCGUAGAAAGAUUCGAUGCUCUGGGUUUGAUCAGUCCGAAGAUGGUCGUUGCACAAACUGCCAGCGAUUCUCGCAGGAGUGUGUCUUUACGCCUGUCUCGGCGCAAUCGCAGGCCUUUGUCCCUGCGCAUACCGUCUGGAGACAGCAGGGUGCACCUCCACAGCAACUCUACGGAGCUUAUGGCCAGCCGCUGCCUCCUCAGCAACACGCGGCUCGCGAUCCUUAUCCUCCGCCGCAACAUGCCUACCCUCCUCCUCAGGGCUACCCUCAAGGUCCACCAGUCUACGCGAUGCCUCCAAGUCAUGUCCCUCAAGGACCCCCUCCUGCUCACGUAGCACCUCCUCAACCCACUGGAACACCCAACCCUGCCCAGGAAGCUGGUCGCAAGCGCCCUAACGAAGAGCCACACACGCCAACUCUCCCACCACCAAACCCUGCUCAGGCCGCUCAACUUCCCCAACAAGGACCUCCUCCACCCCAUGCUCAGCCUCAGUACACUUACCCUGAUCCUACUGUCUUGACACCCGCAGCUGGCUCUCCUGCUUCUUCCAACACUUCGUUCCAAUCCGCUCAACCUCAUGCUCAGCCGUACUUUGCGCAUGCACCCGCACGCAAACCAUCUCCUCAGCAAAACAACUACGCGUAUGAGCAGCCUCGUGCUUCCCACUCACCACACGCUCACGCCGCCUCUGUCGCUCCGGCUGCCUACAACCCGGCUGUGACUUCUCACCCAGAAUCGAAGCCCAUUCCUUCGAACUCGGAACGUUCGAGCCCGACCAGCACUGCCAGAGGUGUGCGUAUCAAUGAACUGGUUGGUCCCAGUGGUCAGCCUCAAGCUCAGUCUCAGCAAAACCACGCCCAGGCACCUCCACCACCUCCUUCUACUGCCGCCCACUCCCAACAGCCCCAGCAAGCACCUGGUGCUCCUCAAAACGCAUCGCAGCAGGCUCAGAACCAGGCCAAUUCGGACGGUAGUAGAAGCCAAGCUGAUAGCAACAUGCUUAGCAAGCUCAACAACCCGCGCAUGUAG